ACAUUUGUAUCCAGCCGUUAUAUACAUUUAUACUGUGUUUCAGAUGGAAGACUACGUUAACAAAAAAAUAGAAUUUUUUGGGUCCAUUCCUAAAAAUCAAAAAUGCUUAAUUAUCGGAGACUGGAGAACUGCCAAGAAUUAUCUGGAAAGAACUUUAGGAGGAUUAGGAACGUGUAGGUCGUCAAGAAAGGCAAAUACAGGAUCUUUUGUUGGAUUUAGGCGCCAUUUAUAUAUUCAAGAUCAUAACGGAAACAAACUACAUAUAGUUCUGAGAAGCUCUGAUGAAAACUCAUAUGUCGAUUUAUGUUGGUACAGGAACGGAGAGAUAAUUAGUCAUGGUGAAGUUUCUGAAUUUAUAAGAAAAACUAUUCCACGACCUCAGAGCACUUCAAAGAGUGUUGAGCUGGUGCAAGAAACGAUAGGAAUUUUAAGCAGUCCUAGAAUAGCGUAUGAACGUGUACAAAUGUUGACCAAGAGUUCACCAAAGGAUGGCACAACUGUAGACAUGGUGAAGAGCGCUAAAAAAAGAAGGAAACUAUUUGAAGAAGCUAAAGGAGAAGACGUGAUGGAAGAUUUGUCAAAGAUCCCCACAAUAGUGAAUGAUGGAAAGAGAUGCAAUGUCAUAAUUAGUGAUAAAUGCGUCAUGUCUCUCAUUAUUGGAGGCACGAGCAACGUACACGGAUUAAACAGACCUCUGAAUAUUGACUACACAGAAAUGAAGUCACCAUCCAUGAAUAUAUUAGUUACAUCUGUGCAGAUUCCGUUCAUAAGAAACAAGAGAGGGGAGAUGAUUCAAGUGUAUGGUCCCAUGAUGGUUGGGACUCACCAAGGGAACCUAGAUAUAAGAGACAUGGGUGUACACAUGCAAAGUUAUCCGGACCACAUGCCAAUAGCAGUUAUGUCAGAUGAUACGAAUCUCUACAGAGGCAUAGUACGGCCAGAAGACAAUACUAUACAUCUGAAGUGUUACGUGCACAAGAGACGAAACAUUGAGGACAAAUGCAAGGCACUUAACAUUGACCCUAAACAUCAAUGCGAGAUUAUUUUCGGGAACAGGCAUUGGAGAGGCGUGGGAGAGAACAUGCUUGUACAGGGUAUAGUAGGAACGGAUAAUGUCCAGGAGUUCAAACAAUUGGUAGGGGAUUCACCUCUCCAUGAAGAAAUUAAAUUAUACCUUCUUGCUCAAGCAGAGAGUUUUUGCACUUCUUACAGUAAUGAAGCUAAACGAAAAGGUGGAUUUAAUGAAUACGAGAGGGCCACAACAAAUUGUUUAGAAGCCGCGAAUUCUAGUAUUAAGAAAAGGUUUGCGGAGCAAAUGAAGAAUAAGCCGAACACAUGGGAGUCUGGAAUAUCUGUACUAAGUUGGAUGCAGGUGAUGUAAUUUCAUUUAAAGAAAUGUUUGAUUUACAAGAAAGCAUAAUUAUUUCUGGUUUUACGUCAUUUAUUUAAAAUUAGUUGUUAGUUGACUAGAAAAAGUUAGUAUUUAGAUGAUACCUUUGAAUUUGUUAAAAGAUAUGCAUUCUAUAUAUAUAAUUAUUGAUUGAUUUACUCGUGUUAAUGCCAAAGAAGUCUAACAUAUAUAUGUAAAUUAUUCAAAUUCGUGGUAAUAUUCAAAUAUUAAACAAGGAUUAAUACAAAAGUUGAUAUCUGAUGAAUACUAAGAUAAAUAAAGAAUCGAUACAAAUGUUAAUAUAAAAAGAAUAAUGAUUGGA